AUGGCGUUUUCGUUCGGAGCGAGUGGAGCGAGCGCGGCGCCGGCCUCGGGCGGCUUCUCUUUUGGGGGUGCCUCGGCAGCCCCUGCAUCGACGGGCUUCAGCUUCGGCGGCAGCACGCCCGCAGCGACCUUUGGCGGCAGCUCAACACCGACGGCUGCGCCUGCCGCGCCUUCAUCCACGGGCUUCAGUUUUGGCGGCAGCGCGACACCGGCGGCCGCGCCAGCCUCGACAGGCUUCAGUUUCGGUGGCGCCAGCGCCACCCCCGCGCCAGCCUCGACAGGCUUCAGCUUUGGCGGCAACAACGCAAGCUCGACGACACCUGCACCCGCCUCGACGAGCUUUAGCUUUGGUGGCGCAUCAUCAACGCCCGCUGCCGCGCCGGCCUCGACAGGGUUCAGCUUUGGAAACACGGCCGCUACACCAUCGACGUCGACCUUUAGCUUUGGUAGCACGCCGACCGCAGCGCCGAGCCUCGGAUUUGGUGCUGCUCCAGGCAACACGAAGGCCAUCAGCCUCGAUACGCGCUUUGAGGACCUCCCAGCCGACGUGCAGAAGCAGCUCAUCGAGUUUGGUACGUUCGUGAAAGAGCAGAGCCGCGAAGAGGCGUCGAUCCGCGCCGUCUCUUCGGCCAAGCUCACGCAGCUGAAGGAAAGUACGACGCACCUUGAGCAGGCGGCGCUUGUGCUCCAGAACAUCCAUGCGCGCCAGUCGAAGAACAUUGGCGCGCUCAAGACGGACGUGAAGGACCUCGUGGCGCAGGCCGAGAGCGCUGACCAGACCCACUUGCACAUGACGAGCGAGACGGGCAUCCAGCGCCAUGAGCCAAUGCCGUCGCCGUACUACUGGUCGCUCGUUCAGCACUUUGAGAGCCGCCUCGCGACGCUCAAGAGCCAAAUGACGGACGUGCACAGCCAGCUCCAAGGCGCCAAGCACGAAGACGUGUCCAUGGACGCCAACGAAGCGAGCACUGCACACGUGACGCCCCGCAUGCUCCAGGAGACGUUGCAGAGCCAAAACGAAGCGUUUAUGCGCGCGGCGGCCCGGGUCGCAGACGUCCACGAGCGCGCCGAUACGCUCCGCGACCAGUAUUUAUCCCGGCAGCAGGCGGCGCCCCACGGCUUUGGCCUCGCGCGCAACCCGUUUGAAGCCGCGGACCGUGUCCAAGCCGAAGAAGAGCGCCGGAUCGUCGACCGGAUUCGGCUCAGCGCGGCGCAGUCGACGCUGCCCGCGUCCUCGUCCACAGCUAUGACGACGGCGACGACGGCAGCAUCAACCGCUGCUGCGCCGGCGACGUCGUUCUCGUUUGGCGCUGCCACGACGCCCGCCCCGGCGGCUGCACCCGCGACCGGUGGCUUUUCGUUUGGUGCUGGUGCGGCCACGCCCGCCGCCCCUAGCGCCUUUGGCACGAGCGCGUUUGGGGCUUCGACCACCGGCGCCGUGCCGUCGCUCACCAAAUCAGUGAGCUUCUCGGGCCUGGGGACGCCGCAGGUGACGCCGGACGCCGGUGCAUUUGGCGCCAACAAGUCGGCCCGUCGCCCAAAGACCAAGAAGCGGUAA